AUGCGCUGGAAUUAUCAGCGGCGGCCGCGGGGACAGCGAGGGUUUCCGGGGCAGAAACCUCGACCUCAACUCCUUUCCCCGGGGAAGAGGGGGAAGAAGGGGAAGAGGCCGCGGGAUCGGGGGAGGAGCCAGGAGCACAGGUCACAGGAGAGGAAGGAGUGCUUUCUGACUUCGGCCGCGCCACCACCGCCGCGGCCGCGGCCGCCGCCGACGCUGACGACGCCGGAGGAGGAAGAGGCUUCUCUCCCUCUAACUCGAGCCUUUCCGGCAGAGACAGAGCUUCCGAGCUCGGCACUUCCGCCAUCGCCGUGAGCUUCCAGAAGCUGCGGCGCAGAGAGGAGGGUUUCGCCUUUCAGGGCCCGAAAACGGGAGAGAUGAGGAAGAAGACGGCAUUCUCUACCCUUUUGACCACUAUUUGACCAGACCAUUUGACGGCGUCAGGUCUUCCGUUAGGGGACUGCCGACCUGAACUCACCGCCAACGAAGACGACGUGGGCUUAGGGAAAUCGACGCCGUUUGCGGUUGGGUUUGACCGUCUAGUCCAAGAUGACAGAGAGGGCGGCGGAAUUUAUCGCGUCAACUCCCCUUUUCUCCCUGCGAAAUAUCGGGUGACCGUCCAGUUUUCUCGUGACCUCGGGGAGAUCUCAGCCGUCCGAUCCGGACGCAGGUGUGGUGUGUGCGACCGCUGGAUACAAACCUCCCCACGGCAUUUUUUCGAGGGCUGUGCUUUUACUUAUAUACCCAAAUACAUUUAAAUUUCAAAAUAUCUAACAACUACAUAUAUUUACUAAUAUACCCUCACUUUUAACCGCCCUUGAAAUAAAAAAAGAUAUUUUAUUCAUAUUCUUUUCAAAAAAAAUACCCCCCCCUCAACCUACACGAAGACCAAGUCAACCCCUCCAAAAGCCCCCACCUAAUCCCCCCACUAUGUACAAUGUUUGACUUUGGAUACCAGGGUCAACUAUCCAAAUGUCUCAUCUCUAUGAUAACCCUCAAUAUGCAUGUUCUUGGAAUAAUUGGUCUGAUUUAUUUCAGUUAAUUUUUCUGACAAAAAAAACCUUUUUUUAUUUUAUAAGGGGCUAAUUAUUUUAUUUUAUUUUCAGUGGAAUUUUAUCCAAUAAAAAAUCAAUAUGUUUCUCUUUGUGCACCAUACCUAUAAAUAGAGAGAGAGAGAGAGAGAGAGAGAGAGAGAGAGAGAGAGGGGUUCCAUGCAAACUUUGACUUUCAUAUCAAAUUAUAGGAUCCUAUGAUCGGAGCUUCGGUAAUCAACGCACGCAAAUCUUCGACCCGGGGUGGAGUAGAGGAAAAUAUGAUAUUUACGAGAAAAAAUAUUUCGAUCUCUUUAAUUGUCAAACUGCCACGGUUUUUUACAUUGAGGCCCCCAACUGGUUAUUUUGCUGAUUAGUACGCAUUUAUGAUUUGGGGCUCAUUUAUAUCCCCACCCCCGAGGUCACGGGCCGCGCGUGAUCGCCCCGGGGAUCGAGGAGGCAGCCGUUUCAGUCGAGGGGAGAAUUUAUGGGGCCCACGGAUCCACCCCGAUUUAAAAUACUCCAGAGUGGUUCCGAUCCUCAAGAUCAUUCCAAAAAUAGUAAUAUAAAAGAACAUAAAUAAAUAAUAAAUAUUUAUUUUUUUAAAAAAAUAAAUUAAAUUAAUUUUAUUAGAUCAGGUCUCGCCACUUGUUUCCUGCGUGGAUUCGAUUUCUGGGGAUGAGAGAGGAAGAUCCGAGCUGGGUUUUUCGUGAUCUUUCGCGGGGAUCGGUCUGAAUAUGAUCUUGAUCUUGAAAGUUUGACCUGGCGUCUGAAGGUGUGUUUAUGGCGGCAGCUGGGCGCAGCUGGCGCCGCCUCGUCUCCGGCGAUCUUUCCAUUUUUGGUCCUCUGGAGGAAAGCGCUUCACUGCCCCACCCCCCCUGAGAGGAACACGAAGGUGGCAAUUUUUGCGCCGCCGCCGGAGGAAGGAUCGCCGGUGGCGGAGCUCCGGUUACCGGCGGCCGAGGAGAGGGAUGCUUAUAUCGGACAUCCUCCGUGAGCAGGAAGACGAUGAGCUUUGCUACCAAAGGGGGAGAGAGAGGAGGAGGAGGAUGAAGAAGACGAGGAUCCAUCUCCCUUCUUUCCGGUGGCUUCCCCUGAGGAGUUUUCUCCGGUACCAGAGCUCCGCUCCGCCGCCAGCGGCGGCGGUGGAAGAAGGUAAGAUCAAGGUUUCCGAUGGCCUCGUCCUCUGUUCUGAAGAUCAUCUCUCUCAUGUGAUCUCAUCUCCCACGCUGCUGCUGUCUGUGAUUCAUCUUCUCAGGGAGGAACCCUAGAGAGAGGGUUCAUCUCGGCGUCGGCAUGGGGGCGGGUCUGGUGAUGCUGCUGACCAGAAGCAGCUCCGAAUUCAGGAAGAUGGCAGCGCUGAGGAAGGAGAUGGAGUCGCUGAUGGAGGACUGCAAGACGGCGAUUCAGAAGAACAGUCAGAAUCCCAAUCCCAAUCUCACCUCCUGCGGCGGGUCCGAUUCACGGGCUGAGACAGAGCAGAGCAAUCUCACCGACGAUGCCUCCCAUGGCGGCGACGCCGAGCGCUGGAGAAGAAGAAGGCCGCUCAUGAGAGAGGAGAUGGAGGCGGAGCUCGAAUCGGAACUGGAGCUUCUGCACAUCAACCUAGUGAAGCAGGAGGUGAAAAUCCUGUUCUAGGGUUUUGAUUCCGCCAUUGUUUCUCCGACUUAUCUUCUGGUUUCCAUCAAUGACAGGUCUCCGGCGAGGGAUCGGCGCCUUACGGGAGCUCCACCGCAGGCCUCGAAUCAGAAGAGCAAGGAGAGGAGGAGGAAGGGGAAGAAAAAGCCGUUGUGGAGAUCGCCGGAGUUUCCCCUCGCGCAUUGACCAGGAAACUCCAUGAGCUCCUGGAGAGGAGACAGCAGGAGCGCAUCGAAGAACUGGAGUCCGACCUGGAGCUCGCCCGCGCCAAGCUCCGGGAGAAGGAGAUGGAGAUCUCCCUGUGGAGGGAGACGGCUCGAGUUGUGUCGCAGAGAGCAGUGAGCCACACUCAGAGGAUCAUCUGA